CAUCCUAUUCAAAAUGACGAAACAGUGAACAAUGUAUGAUUGUUCGAAUAAUCUUAACGAACGACGAUUUUAAUUUUAAUUCCCGACGACGGAGGACGACGGGCGUGGUGCUGGACGCCGGAGAUGGUGUGACCCAUGCAGUGCCUAUUUACGAAGGUGGGCGAGAUGUGACGAGAUAUCUGAGGUUUCUUCUACGCAAGGAAGGAAUCAACUUUAGAACGUCGUCAGAGUUCGAAAUUGUGAGAAGGAUUAAGGAGCGAGAGUGUUACUUAUCUGCGAAUCCAUCCAAGGACUCUGACUCUGACCCGGAUGCGGAUAAACGAAUUUACAAGUUGCCAGACGGCACUCAGCUCGAUAUUGGUCAAGCUCGUUUCCGAGCUCCGGAAAUCCUGUUUCGACCAGAUUUGAGAAGAGAAGAGCGUGAAGCUAUGCAUGAAGUUCUGCUGUUUUCCAUACAAAAGUCGGACACGGAUUUGAGGAAAAUUCUCUUUCAAAAUAUCGUGCUAUUCGGUGGCUCGACUUUAUUUAAAGUUAAAGCAUUUCGACCUCGCCGGCUAAAAUUUAAAAAACUCCAUCACCUAAAAUAUAAAGAUGUUGUUAAACCGAUAAGUGUGAAGAGUGUCGCCCCCAUUUGUGUCUUAUUCAGCCACUGAAACCAGGUAAGGGGAUGACAUUCGCUGCAAGAUAGCCUUACGAUUGAUUAGAAGCCAUUCGCGAUGUCGUAGAAUACUGAAUAAUGGAGGUCUCUUAGAUUUUGGGCAAACUAACGUCAAGCGAGAACAAAUUUAGUUAGUAUGAAAUAUGCAACAGACACGAUCUUCAGUGAUAACGUUACGUUUGACAGAGCUAUUUGCAUCCGAAGAGGAGAAAACGCCCAGUAAAUUUGGAAAACACAUUUAUAAUCAUUUAACAUGUGUCGAACCUUUAUUAGAAUGUAACACUUAACAUAACGAUAAUUUAAAGUUAAACCUAAUUAACUUUUACAUUUGGAUAUUACAACAAUAAUUGAUGAUAAAGUAUUAAUUUCCUUUUUUAACUAGCUAUAGAUCAUCUCUCAUCGUCACUAAUUUCGUAGUUUUCUACUCCUCACCAGCAGCAGCCGGCUUAUCUUCUUCACUUAAUUAUUUACGUAAUAAUUUUAGUUGAGAAUUGUGGAAUAAUUUUCACCUUCUUCAAAUUCAAUCAGAAAUAAAUUAACAUCUGCGCGUCAAUCGUGUCAGAGUUGCGUAAUGAUAGGCUGACCUCAAUCUUAUCGACGAGAACAAUUAGUAGAAUCGUGGGGACAAUAACAUUGUGUGACCGAGUUUAAUAAGAUUUUUAAGAUUCAUUUCUUCUCUUGGGGGACAUCAUCCCCACGAUUCUGUACCCGUCAAAGUUUACAAAAGCUGGGGACAACCCUUCCGUUUUUUAAGGUCCGUUUCCAGGAUUUUGUUCCCCCGUAGAAAAAAAAACAGAACUCCCCCCUCC